GUCCAACUGCAGCUUCUCAGUUCUAUCUCAAGAGCUUCCAAGGAUGUAAAGGAGUCAAGAGUCAGAGCACGUCCUCCAAACAAAAGGAGCAGGCAAUGAAGCACUGAAUAAGCUCUGUGAGGCAGGGUAUGGGGUAAAGACCCCGACUUCUAUUCCUUAGAUUCCUUGGAGAUAGGGAAUGCUAUCUCGACCUCUGCAUAAAUGUUUCACUGGAACAAGUGGAAGAAAAGGAUGGGGGCCAACACUUCAUCCAAAAGACCAGUUUUCGAUGAGAAGGAGGAUGUAAAUCUGGAUCACUUUCAGAUUCUCCGGGCAAUUGGCAAGGGAAGUUUUGGCAAGGUCUGUAUUGUUCAGAAGAAGGACACUGAAACCAUGUAUGCCAUGAAGUAUAUGAACAAACAGCAGUGCAUAGAACGAGACGAAGUCCGGAACGUGUUCAGGGAAUUAGAGAUCCUGCAGGAAAUUGAACAUGUUUUCUUAGUCAAUCUAUGGUAUUCAUUCCAAGAUGAGGAAGACAUGUUUAUGGUGGUAGAUUUACUUUUGGGAGGUGAUCUUCGGUAUCAUCUCCAACAAAAUGUCCAGUUUACAGAAGAGACUGUUAAAAUGUAUGUUUGUGAAAUGGCUCUAGCUCUGGACUACUUAAGGAGUCAACAUAUAAUCCAUAGAGACGUCAAACCAGACAACAUUCUUCUUGAUGAGCAAGGCCACACUCAUCUUACGGAUUUUAAUGUUGCCACAAUAAUCAAAGAUGGAGAAAGGGCCACGGCAUUAGCUGGGACCAAACCGUACAUGGCUCCAGAAAUCUUUCAGUCAUUUGUCAAUGGAGGGACCGGUUACUCCUUCGAGGUUGAUUGGUGGUCAUUAGGAAUAAUGGCAUAUGAAUUACUCCGAGGAUGGAGGCCGUAUGACAUCCAUUCAACUAACCCUGUAGAAACCUUAGUUCAGUUAUUUAGCACAGUUACUGUCCAGUAUUCGUCGGUCUGGUCAAAAGACAUGAUUGGUUUGUUGCGGAAGUUAUUGACUGUGAACCCUGAGCAUCGCUGUUCUUGCCUCCUGGAUAUCCAAACGUCAACAUACCUAGUAGAUAUUGUCUGGGAAGAUAUUUUAGAGAAGAAAGUGGAACCAGGGUUUGUUCCAAAUAAAGGCCGGUUACAUUGUGAUCCUACAUUUGAACUUGAAGAGAUGAUAUUAGAGUCAAGACCACUGCAUAAGAAGAAAAAGAGACUUGCAAAGAAUAAAUCCCGGGAUAACAGUAAAGAUAGUUCCCAGUCUGAUGACUUUUUGCAAGAAUGCUUAGAUGCACUUCAACAAGAAUUUGUAAUCUUUAACCGUGAAAAAUUGAAGAAGAGCCCUCAUGGAAGGACCCAGUCCGUGUCAGGCCUGGAAUCUACUGAUGAGGCAGAAGCAGAGACUGAACCUGAAGCUGAGAAUGCCACCCUUAACAUGUGUGGCUCUGUGUGUUCAUCCACUGCCAGCAUCAACUAGUCAUCGAGUCCCAGGGAUUUGAUCCUGAGACAUUAAGGCUCAUGAAUGCCAUUCUCAGGUUCCAUAAAAAUAAAAAAACUUAAAAAGAAACUGUAAUAAUGUACAGGCAAGUUUGGCUGAACAAUGUAAAAUGCAUACAAGCUGCACUUAGACAGCCCUCUUUUUUUGCUCAGUCCUGUUGCAAAAAAGUUGCUUAUUUUAAUUUAAACUUUUCAGUACACAAAUAAAGAGGAAUAAAGGAGAUGCCACAUUCAUCAUCAUCGCUGGUGACCCACAGCCUAGAUGUGGAACUCCUAAGUUUCGGCAAGGCCCUUAAUCCAUUUAACUAGCCCAUAUGUUGUAUUUUGUUAGAUCAUUACAUUCAUACCAGCCCAUACUUUU